AUGAAGCGCAGCCUGAGGAAGAUGCUGCGGGCUGGGGAGAAGUCGCCCCAGGGCGUUGACUACCAGGACGUGGAGGACAACAAGGACGACUCCAAAAACUUUGAGGUGGAUUUUGAAGGCAAUGCAUGGGGAUUCCAACGGUCUACCAAGAACCGAAAGAAAGUAAGCGAAGAUGACGAGAAUGUCUCUCCUCUGCAUCAUGCCGCAGCAGAAGGUCAGGUUGAACUGAUGAAGAUGAUUAUCAGUGACUCCUCUUGUGAAGUGCUGAAUGUGAUGGAUGAUUAUGGAAAUACCCCUCUACACUGGGCCACAGAAAAAAACCAGGUUGAAAGCGUUAAGUUUCUUCUCAGCAAAGGAGCAAACCCUAAUCUUCGAAACAGCAGCAUGAUGGCGCCUCUUCACAUAGCGGUGCAGAGCAUGCACAAUGAGGUGGUGAAGGUGUUGACUGAGCACAGUGGAAUUGAUAUUAAUUUGGAAGGAGAAAAUGGAAACACAGCUCUGAUAACUGCAUGCUCCAAAGAUAACAGUGAAGCAUUACAAAUCUUGUUACAAAAGGGUGCAAAACUAUGCAAAUCAAAUAAAUGGAGAUGUUUUCCUGUUCACCUCGCUGCAUUUUCAGGUGCUAAAAAAUGCAUGGAAUUAAUAUUGGAGUUUGGUGAGAAACGCGGGUACCGCAGAGAGUCUCAGAUAAACUUUGUGAACACUGGGAAAGCCAGCCCGCUACACUUCGCAGUUCAGAGUGGUGACUUGGAAAUGAUUAAAUUGUGCCUGGACAAUGGUGCACGCAUAGACCUGAAGGAGAAUGGGAAGUGCAUGCCGCUUCACUUUGCUGCCACUCAGGGAGCCACUGAGAUUGUUAAACUGAUGAUAUCUUCCUAUUCUGGUAGUAGUGAUAUCGUUAAUGCAGUCGAUGGAAAUCACGAGACCCUGCUUCACAGAGCCUCAUUAUUUGAUCACCAUGAGCUAGCUGAAUACUUAAUAUCAGUGGGAGCUGACAUUAAUAUCACUGAUGCUGAAGGACGCUCUCCACUUAUGUUAGCAACUGCUUCUGCAUCAUGGAGCACUGUAAAUUUACUGCUUUCUAAAGGUGCUCAUGUAGAUAUAAAAGAUCAUCUUGGACGUAAUUUUUUACAUUUGACUGUGCAGCAACCUUAUGGGUUAAAAAAUUUGCAUCCUGAAUUUAUGCAGAUGCAAUGUAUUAAAGAGCUGGUAAUGGAUGAAGACAAUGAUGGAUGUACUCCUCUACAUUAUGCUUGCAGACAGGGAGUCCCUGUCUCUGUAAAUAACCUACUUGGCUUUAAUGUGUCCAUUCAUUCCAAGAGCAAAGAUAAGAAAUCACCCCUGCACUUUGCAGCCAGUUAUGGACGUAUCAACACCUGUCAGAGGCUCCUCCGAGACAUAAGUGAUACGAGGCUUUUGAAUGAAGGUGACCUUCAUGGGAUGACUCCUCUACACCUGGCAGCAAAAAAUGGACAUGACAAAGUAGUGCAGCUUCUUCUGAAAAAGGGCGCACUGUUUAUCAGUGACCACAAUGGCUGGACUGCCUUGCAUCAUGCUUCCUUGGGUGGAUACACUCAGACCAUGAAGGUCAUUCUUGAUACUAAUUUGAAGUGCACAGAUCGGCUAGAUGAAGAAGGGAAUACUGCGCUUCACUUUGCUGCGAGGGAGGGCCAUGCCAAAGCUGUGGCGCUGCUUCUGAGCUACGAUGCCAACAUCGUCCUGAACAAGCAGCAGGCCUCCUUUCUGCACGUGGCACUUCACAAUAAGAGGAAGGAGGUGGUUCUCACAGCCAUCAGGAACAAAAGAUGGGAUGAAUGUUUAAAGGUUUUUAGUCAUUAUUCUCCAAGCAAUAAAUGUCCAAUCAUGGAAAUGGUAGAAUAUCUUCCUGAAUGCAUGAAAGUACUGUUAGAUUUCUGCAUAGUGCCUUCCACAGGAGACAAAUCCUGCCGAGAUUACCAUAUCGAGUAUAAUUUUAAGUAUCUUCGGUGUCCAUUAUCAUUCACUAAAAAAUAUGCACCUGUACAGGAUGUUACAUAUGAACCUCUUCCUAUCCUAAAUGUAAUGGUACAACAUAACCGUAUAGAACUUCUCAAUCAUCCUGUGUGUAAAGAAUAUUUACUUAUGAAAUGGUGUGCUUAUGGAUUUAGAGCCCAUAUGAUGAACCUAGGAUCUUACUGCCUUGGUCUCAUACCCAUGUCCUUGCUUGUUGUCAACAUAAAGCCAGGAAUGGCUUUCAAUUCAACUGGGAUCAUCAAUGCAACUAGUGAUCAUUCAGAAAUAUUAGACACCACGAACUCAUAUCCAAUAAAAGUUUGUAUGAUUUUAGUUUUUUUAACAAGUAUAUUUGGAUAUUGCAAAGAAGUGGCCCAGAUUUUCCAACAGAAAAAGAAUUAUUUUAUGGAUUAUGGUAACUUGGGUGAAUGGAUUAUUUACACAACCAGCAUAGUUUUUGUGCUGCCCUUGUUUGUUAGCAUACCAGCUUAUAUGCAGUGGCAAUGUGGAGCAAUUGCAAUCUUCUUCUAUUGGAUGAACUUCUUAUUGUAUCUUCAAAGAUUUGAAUAUUGUGGAAUUUUUAUUGUUAUGUUAGAGGUAAUUCUGAAAACUUUAUUGAGGUCUACGGUUGUAGUUGUCUUCCUCCUAUUGGCUUUUGGACUCAGUUUUUACGUCCUCCUGAGUGCACAGGAUGCCUUCAGCUCGCCGUUGCUUUCUAUAAUCCAGACCUUCAGCAUGACAUUAGGAGAUAUCAAUUAUCGAGAUGCCUUCCUAGAACCAUAUUUGAGAGAUGAAUUGGCAUAUCCAGUUCUAUCCUUUGCACAACUUAUUGCCUUCACUAUGUUAGUCCCAAUUGUCCUCAUGAAUUUACUUAUAGGUUUGGCAGUUGGUGACAUUGCUGAGGUUCAAAAACAUGCAUCACUGAAGAGGAUUGCUAUGCAGGUGGAACUUCAUACCAGCUUAGAGAAAAAGCUGCCACUCUGGUUCCUACGCAAAGUGGAUCAGGAAUCCACCAUUGUAUAUCCCAACAGACCCAGAUAUCAGGGAACAUUAUCACGUGUACUUCAAUAUAUUUUUUACAUCAAUGAAACCAGACAAGAAGUGCCAAAUACUGAUACAUGUUUAGAAAUGGAAAUGCUGAAGCAGAAAUACCGGCUGAAGGAUCUCACUUCUCUCUUGGAGAAACAGCAUGACCUGAUUAAACUCAUCAUCCAGAAGAUGGAGAUCAUCUCUGAGACAGAGGAUGAAGAUAACCAUUGUUCUUUUCAAGACAAGUUUAAAAGAGAGCAAUUGGAACAAAUGAAUAGUAAAUGGAAUUGUGUGUUGAGAGCAGUAAAGACCAAAAUGCACCACACUUAG